AUGGAUCCGAGCAGCAGCAGCAGCAGCAGCAGCAGCGACUCUGCGCCUGACUGCUGGGAGCAGGUGGACUUGGAAGCCCCUCGUUCGGGCCCGAGCGGGGGCAGAUUCUCCUUGGUGGUAGCCGAGACCCAGCGUGAGCAUCUUAGCUUGUCAUUCAGACAGCAGCUUAACCUCAACGCCAAACCCUUCCUGCCUAACGUCCACGCGGUGUUAGUGCCGUCUUUCCUGCGGGGCCUGGCCCAGCAAUUGAUCCCCCCAGCCAGCACCGCUAGCAAAGAAGAAACUUACACCAGCGCGGGAAACCCUUAAGGUAAAAGGCUGGGACGGGGGGCACCUGUGGAACCUUCCAAAGAGGAACAGUUAGUGUUGUGUGAAGGUUCCAAUUCAGCUGUUACCAUGGAACUUUCGAAACCUGUUGUAGAAAAUGGAGACAUAAAAAUUGCCGUAGAAGAAUCAUGGGAGCACAAUAAAGAAGUAAAUGAAGCAGAGCCUGGGGGUGGUUCCUUGGGAGAUGCAGGGCACCCAGAAGAAAGUGGCCAGGAAAUGAUGGAGGACAAAGAGGAAAUAAGAAAACCAAAAUCUGUGGUCAUACCUUCAGGUGCUCCUAAAAAAGAACACAUAAAUGUGGUAUUCAUUGGGCAUGUAGACACUGGCAAGUCAACCAUUGGAGGACAAAUAAUGUUUUUGACUGGAAUGGUUGAUAAAAGGACACUUGAGAAAUAUGAAAGAGAAGCUAAAGAAAAAAACAGAAAAACACGGUAUUUGUCCUGGGCCUUAGACACAAAUCAGGAAGAAAGAGACAAGAGUAAAACAGUGGAAGUGGGCCGUGCCUAUUUUGAAACAGAAAAGAAACAUUUCACAAUUUUAGAUGCCCCUGGCCACAAGAGUUUUGUCCCAGAUAUGAUUGGUGGUGCUUCUCAAGCUGAUUUGGCUGUACUGGUAAUCUCUGCCAGGAAAGGAGAGUUUGAAACUGGAUUUGAAAAAGGUGGACAGACACGAGAACAUGUGAUGUUGGCAAAAACAGCAGGGGUAAAACAUUUAAUGGUGCUAAUUAAUAAGAUGGAUGAUCCCACAGUAAAUUGGAGCAUCGAGAGAUAUGAAGAAUGUAAAGAAAAACUGGUCCCUUUUUUGAAAAAAGUCGGCUUCAAUCCCAAAAAGGACAUUCACUUUAUGCCUUGCUCAGGACUGACCGGAGCAAAUCUUAAAGAGCAAUCAGAUUUCUGCUCUUGGUACAGUGGAUUACCAUUUAUUCAGUAUUUGGAUAAUUUGCCAAACUUCAACAGAUCAAUUGAUGGACCAAUUAGGCUGCCAAUUGUGGAUAAGUACAAGGAUAUGGGCACUGUGGUCCUGGGAAAGCUGGAAUCAGGAUCCGUUUUUAAAGGUCAGCAGCUUGUGAUGAUGCCAAACAAGCACAAUGUGGAAGUUCUUGGAAUACUUUCUGAUGAUGCUGAAACUGAUGCUGUAGUCCCAGGUGAAAACCUCAAAAUCAGGCUGAAGGGAAUUGAAGAAGAAGAGAUUCUUCCAGGAUUCAUACUUGGUGAUCCAAAUAAUCUCUGCCAUUCUGGAUGUACGUUUGAUGUUCAGAUAGUGAUUAUUGAGCACAAUUCCAUCAUUUGCCCAGGUUACAGUGUGGUGCUGCACGUUCAUACUUGUAUCGAGGAAGUUGAGAUAACAGCCUUAAUCUCCUUGGUAGACAAAAAGUCAGGAGAAAAAAAUAAGACAUGGCCCGGCUUCGUGAAGCAAGAUCAAGUGUGCAUUGCCCGUUUAAGGACAGCCAGAACUAUCUGCCUUGAGACCUUUAAAGAUUUUCCUCAGAUGGGACGUUUUACCUUGAGAGAUGAGGGCAAGACCAUUGCAAUUGGAAAAGUUCUGAAACUGGUUCCAGAAAAGGACUAA